AUGUUCACAUGGUGCGUGUUAAACGCGCGUCGUCGCGGCUGCUCUGUUUUAGUUUCGAGUUCAACAUCCGUCGAAGAUGGACUUAGAAACGGACUAGAUGAACUCAACAAUUCGCGAAAGCGCGCGCUUCAGCUGCUCGGAGCGGGCGCGGGCCCGCUGUGCGCGGGCGCGGGCGGCGCCGCGUGCUCGCCCGGCAGCUGCGGCGGCGCCUCGCCCCCGGCGCCCGGCUCCGCGCCGCCCUCCGCGCCGCCCGCCUCGCCGCACCACCAGCCCACGCCCAGCCAGACGGCGGGCGUGGUCCCCACCACGCUGCAUACGCCAGCGCCGACGCCGGACCCGCUAGCGCCGCCAACUCCUGCGCCGCCGUCGCUGCCGCCGCCCAAAACCUACACCCAGGGCGACUCCCCGCUGGGCUGCGAGGUGUCCCGGCGGCCGGUGUUGCCCGCCGCCGCGCCGCGCCUGGACCCGCUGGAGGACGAGCACUCGCUGCACAUGCUCUACGACUAUACCACCGUCUACGCAUGGCUGGAGCACCCGGUGAAGCGCUUCAAGUCGUCGCAGAGCAGCUUCCGCGAGGAGAUGGCGCUGGGCGCGGGCGCGGGCGCGGACCUGUACGCCGGCCACGACCACACGCGCAUGGCCGCGGCGCGCGACCACAACGCGGCGCAGCUCAAGCACGAGCGCGACCACGCU